CAGCUCUUGCCAUUUUACUGACAAAUUUCCAGUAAGAGAGAGCACAGUACGAUCCAAACUGAACCGGGUUCAAACCUCUUGGGACCGGGCGGUUUACGAUACGGCUGCGAUUCUGCAGGCCAAAGUCCACCCAACAAACCACGUGUCAAUACUAGAGCAGUUUAACGCUAAAUGUUGACUUUUUAUAUCUUUCUCUUUCCAAUCCGCUUUUGACACAUCAUAUCAAAUUGAGCCCCAUGCUUACAACCUGAACCCUCUCUCCUUCCUUCUCUCUCUCUCUGGCGUCGAGACUCGAAACCAAAGCGUUUCCAUGUCCUUCCCGAUCGACUAACAAAAGGGUGUUCGCGAAUUUACAUGGAAUUUGCACUUGAUGGUGAUGUUGAUGGCGAGGUGGUGGGAAGUUCUGCUGAGAUGGAACUUAGUAGAGCUGGUGAUGAAAAUGAAACAGGCGGUAGUUCUGUUGAAGGGGCAUUCCAACUGGGUCUGGAUGAUAAAAUAAAUCUAGAUUCUCCUCAAGGGGAUAUAAUUCCAGAAGCAGUUCCUGUAGUAUCGGUAGUGCCAGCAGAUGAGCCAUAUGUGGGUCUAGAGUUUGAAACAGAAGCAGCUGCUCAUGCAUUUUAUAAUGCAUAUGCCACACGUGUGGGAUUCAUAAUUCGUGUAAGCAAACUCUCUCGAUCAAGGCGUGAUGGAUCUGCCAUUGGUCGUGCACUUGUUUGUAACAAAGAGGGUUAUAGAAUGCCUGACAAACGUGAAAAAGUUGUAAGGCAAAGAGCUGAGACCAGGGUUGGUUGCAGAGCAAUGAUUUUGGUGAGGAAAGUAAGUUCUGGGAACUGGGUUGUCACAAAAUUUGUAAAGGAGCACACUCAUCCUAUGACACCUGGAAAAGGUCGAAGGGAUUGCAUUUAUGAUCAAUAUCCGAAUGAGCAUGACAAGAUUCGGGAAUUAUCUCAGCAGUUGGCCAUAGAGAAAAAACGUGCUGCAACAUAUAAAAGACAUCUCGACCUAAUAUUUGAGCACAUUGAAGAACACAAUGAGAGCCUAUCAAAAAAGAUCCAACACGUAGUAGAGAGUGUGAAGGAGAUUGAAGGCAAACAACAGCAAGGAUACAGAUAAGGAUUGCUGCAACUUACGCACUUUUUGGUUUUGGUAAAACAUAGAAUCAAGCAAUGUCGUGGACAAUACUACAGGAUGAAUUGGUCGGUCAUUGUUUUGAUUUUAGUUUUGGUUUACACAACCUUGUGCUUUGCCCGGGUUUUAGGUAUGCAGUUAGUUUCUAUAGCUUUGGGAUGUUUUAGUCACUGGCAUUCAUUCGACUGGUAUGGGUAAAUUUCUUGUAUGCAGCAAAUGGUCAGUAGGGAAUUUGAUUGAGUCCAUGUACAGUUUUACCUGAGCCAUCCAUGUGAAUUGUGCUCAACAAUGCAAUAACUUAAAGCAGAUUAUAGGACUUUCGGAGGAAGUUGGAACGGGACAAUCGCAUUACACGUGAUCUGAUGAGGUCUGUUUUCUGUGCCUUCAGAAUACCGUAUUCAAUCCUCCUUUUAAAUACAACUCUUGAGAAUUUCCCUUUGCUGAUGGUUUUGAUUUCAGUACUCGCUGGAGAGGGCAUUUUCAAAAAAUUUGUGACCACUUAUAACGACCUUGUUUUUAAGUUUCAGUUAUUUAUGGGGAGGCGUUGGUUACUACUGAA